CCUUGCGCCUGCCGAGUCACGCACUGCAGCUGGACGAGGGAGCGACGAAAAGAACGAAAAACACGGGCGCUGCAGAAAACUCUUUGGUUCGUUACCUUCGUCUUGCGGGAGAUACCCUCACCUGCAUCUAGUCAGCGCAGGAGUCCAAGUUUGAGGCGAACCUGAGCAGCCAUUCAACACGAAUGGUUGCGUUUCCUGAAAUCAUGAGAAACGCCUUUGUGUGGAUCGCUUCCGUGGCGCUGUGGACGGGCGUGACGUGUCGCAUCGUGGCCCCCGAACAGGGCCUAACAGCCUCCUCCGGCCUUCCCAGAGGUCGGCGAUGCUGCGGAGGCGACCACGCCCUCUGCAGCGACGCUCCUUCAGGCACCGCGGCCGCCUUCUCGCCUCCGCUCCAUUAUGGGAACCUGUCGCAGGCGUCGCAGGAAAUCGCUUGGUCGUACCAACCUCUGAGAUGUCCCAAGGGCUUCAGGGAGACGCCUUAUGACUUGGAUGGGAAACAUAACUGGCUGAUUGUGAGCGAGGACGGCGUAGCACUGCGAUGGCUCGAGCUUGUGUCCAAAGAGACGGAGGAAUAUUGUGUGACACGUAAUCCACGUGGCGGAUAUCGCGCUGCUACUUGUCGCCCAGAUACAAACCAAAUAUGCAACGACAGGACUUGUAUCCAGAAAUGCUGCGGCGUAGAGGAGGUGAUGUCACUCUCCCGCAGAUGUGUCAAGCGCCAGGGCAGAGGGUUUUCCCCCGAGUUUCGUUCGCUUCGAGGAGACCCAGUCGAGACUCCCAAGAACCUCCAGGUCAUCGCCAAGGUGCCGCACUGUGAAUCCAUAAUCAUGCUCAACCCGCAGAAGGAGCCUAGCGACCGGUACCUAAUUCUGCCAAACAGCCGACUCUACCACCCAGCGAAUGACCAGUACUAUUCCAUUGACAGCUACUGCAUUGACGAGUUGACUGAAUGGUCGGUCCCAAUGGCGCUGGUGUGCAACGAGGUGAGAGACAUGACCAAAAUAUACCUACAAACAGCCAGCGUGGCGGUGUCGUGCGUGUUCCUGGCGGUGACGAUCCUGUGUCACAUCGUGGUUCCAAAGUUACGCGACACGCAGGGACUCUGUUUGCUGUGUCAUAUGGUGUCACUUUUUGUAGCAGAUGCCGCGCUCUUCAUUAGCUAUGUGCACACCUACAAGGACCCAGGCUUGGCGUGUGUGAUAAAUGGUAUGGUCAUCCAGAUGUCUUUCCUGGCCACCUUCUUUUGGCUCAACGUCAUGUGCUUCGACAUCUGGCGUGUGAUCAGAGCGACUGUGAACCUCGUCCCACUUACGGGCAUUUUAUCCAACGACUCGAAGAAAUUCAAGGCCUAUUCUGCGUACGCGUGGGGCGGCCCCUUCGUCGUCACCUCCGUCAGCGCCCUCCUCUUCUUCCUGCCGGAAAGAUUCGUUGUGGCUGGCGUGGUCCGUCCGGAUUUCGGGGUUAACACCUGCUUUUUACACGGCGACCUCGAGUACCUCGUCCACUUCUAUGGCCUGGUCGGUGCGCUGUUCCUCGUGAAUCUGCUGCUGCUCGGCCACACCAUCUACAUGCUGUUCCGAGCAGGGGCCGCGUUCGAUUGCUGCAGCAAGACCGAGAGCCCGAGAGCGUUCAAUCGCGGUCACCUCGACGCGUACUGGCAUCGGUUCAGUCUGUUCACGCUGAUGGCUGUGUGCUGGGUCACGGAGGUGCUCUCCUGGAAGAUCCCGCCGGCGGACAUGUGGAUCGUCACCGACCUCCUGAACUCCCUGCAGGGCCUCGUGGUGUUCCUGCUCUUCCUCUCGAGCAAGAAGAAGCGGCGUCUGGUGGGGGAGGCUUGCCGGAACACGGGGCUUCUCGCGCGACUCCUCAGGCGCGACUCGAGGGCCUUGUCGUCCGCCUGAUCGAGGAGUUCGGAGGAGAGAAGAGCACGGGCGAAGAGGAAAUGAUGGAGACAGAUGAUACGCGUUAUGGUGAUAUGGUGAUGAUAUAGUGAUAAUGAUGAUCAUAUUAGUGAUGGCUGAUGGUGAUGAUGAUAUGGUGGGAAUGAUGAGGUGGUGAUGAUGAUAAUACUACUAAUAAUAGAAUAACAACAGUGAUAAUAAAACACGGUGAAUGUAAUGGAACACCUUACGUUAGACAAGGACCUAUUAGUACAAAGUGUGACGCUUAUUUGGAAAGUUUUGUGGACCAACUACACAGGACAAACGUUGUGUAAUAGUGACGCUUGUGAUAAAAAAAUGGUUUCGUGUAGUGAUGAAAGAUAACCUGAAAUAAGCACUGCACAUCGGAAACUUUGGUUCUGUACAUACCAUUUAUAGAUUUCUGGCAGUUUCCAUAGUUUAUCGUCACCAAAAUGAAACUGGCUUUUUUGAAAACCUGCAGUCUUCUACGGGGAAUUUGUUGUUGCAGCUGAUUAUCAGGAUGACGAGAUAAAUAUAUUUGAGUCUGAAUCUGA